UCUCUCUCUCUCUGCGUGGGACAGGACUUGAAAGUGGAGUUACAUUUUUCAAGUUGAUCACAAAUAACUGGAGAAAAGAUUAUCAUUCCCUGAGACAUAGUUAGAGAUAUUUUGUUGCUUUUAAUUCCUCCGAGCUGAAUCCUGGUCGACGGGACAGCGGGACGGGGAUUGGAGUUGUUAUUUCUCCUCUUCAGUCUGCUCGCAGCUCCCUGACAGUAGUGAGCGAUGUUUGAGAAGCAGCGCUAUGACAGCCCACCUGUCUACAGUCCUCCCUACGGCGCGCCAUCCAACAAUGGCUACGGCCCACCAGGCAGCUUCCAGGCGCCCCGGAGUGAGUACGACCCUUACCCGCCUCCGCCCGGCUCUUACUACAUCGAGGACAAACCUCAGCAUUUCUACAAGUGGCUGUCACCUCCUGGGAUCGUCAAGGCCAUGAUGGCGGUGGUGAUCGUUCUGUGUGUGGGGAUAUUCGCCUGUGUGGCCUCCACCCUGAUGUGGGACAUCCAGUACGGGAUGGGCAUGGGAGGCUUUGGCACCGGGAUGGGCUAUGGCAGUGGAUUCAUCGGGGGCAGCUAUGGGUCAGGAUACGGUGGAUAUGGGGGCUACGGCGGCUAUGGUGGCUACUACAGCUCCUACCCGACACCAUAUUCAGCCAAAACUGCCAUGAUCGCCAUGGCGGCCAUUAACUUCAUCGUGUCACUGGGAUUUUUCAUCGCCAGCUUCUCAAAAACCAACAUGUUCCGCAGCAGGAAGUUCUUCCUGGUCAUCCUGAUAACUAGCAUCAUCAUGGCCGUCCUGCAGGGCAUCAUAAACAUUGUGUACAUCGUGGGUGUGAACCCCAUGGCCCAGAGCUCCUCUAGCAUGAUGUACAACCCCAUGCUCAUGAUGUGUCAGAGCCUCUACCAGACCAGCUACUCCCAGAUGGGAGGAGUGGGAGGCUUCCCCAUGUACAACCAGUACCUCUACCACUACUGCUUUGUGGACCCACAAGAGGGUGUUGCCAUGGUUUGUGGAUUCCUGCUUGUCAUUGCCUUGGCUGUCGCCGCUUUUUUCGCACACAAAACACGAGGCAAGAUCUGGCGCUAUGGGAAGCCCAACAUCUACUGGGAAGAGCCGCUCACUGGUGGGCUGGCUCCCGAAGGCAGAGAUGUAGAAGAAUGGGUGAACAAUGUGGAGGAAAGUCACAGUACGCAGGACGCCCCGACCCUGGUGCUGUCCGAGAAGGGGGGCGGGCCGCUCAACGCCUCGGCCAACAGUGUCAUCUCCUACCCGCCGCCCAAGAUGGACAGCAGCUCCAUCAACGGGGACACCUACAACAACAACGAGUACUCGGAGCGGCCCACCAGUCGACCAUCAGAGGUGCUCUCUCACGGCGGGGGGACGAGCUCCAGCCCCUCGGAGGAGACGGGAGGGGGCCGCAAGCCCUCGGCCAACAGGGGGAAGAGACGCAGACGUAACCCGGAGCUGGAUGAGUCUCAGUACGAGACCGAGUACACCACAGGGGGAGAGACGGGCAACGAGCUCGACCCAGAGGAGUGGGAGAGUAUCUACCCGGAGAUAACGUCCGACGAGCAGCGCCACGAGUACAAGAGGGAGUUCGACGCUGACCUCAGGGAGUACAAGCACCUGUGCGCCGACAUGGACGACAUCAACGAUCAGCUGAACAAACUCAGCCGACAGCUGGACACGCUAGACGACAGCUCUCCCAAAUACCAGGCUGUGGCGGAGGAAUAUAAUCGACUGAAGGACCUAAAGCGGACGCCAGACUACCAGUUCAAGAAGCAGGAGUGUCGCAGGCUGAGGCACAAACUGUUCCACAUCAAACGCAUGGUGAAGGACUACGACAAGAGCCACUAACAAAUUCGCCGAGCCCCGACGCCACUCACUCCACCCUCCGCAACACACACACACACACACACACACACACAAACACACACACAGACGCUCAAAGACUCCUGGACGACAUGCCCCGAAGACUGUACUUCAAACUGCAACAAAAACAAAUGCUGAGACCAAAGUUAUCUGUGCAGCACGUACACACUGGACACAGAUGGACACACACACACACACACCCGCACUCAAAUACAUGUUGAUAAUAAUGAUUCAGACUUGGGUUUCCCUUCCCUGCGUUCACGACUGUAUCUGACUAUUUUUCCACGACCUGGACGAAAACGGAAACCCGGAGGAAACGCGUGGAUCCUCGGCUGUAGCUUUCCUCCACGACGACACUGCCAUUUCUCUAAAAGGGCCGGCUUAUUGUAGCGCGCACCCGCUUGCAAGAAUCGUAGGGUGCGGUGGAAGAAAGGUUGCGUGAAAGUCAUCUGACCUUCAGCCACCUGUGAUAACUACUAGGAUCUGCAGUGAGAGGUUGUGUUUGCUCUCCAAAUACGCUGCUUUUCUUUGUUUUAUCUGCCCCUGAUAAGAGCUGAAACAGUAUCGCAGAGAAUUCAGCGAUGGGCGGGACGGGGUGCUGGGUUUGUUUGCAUGCAAUUACGCAGUUUGUUUUAACCCACGGCAUUAUCUCAGCCACAAAUGAACUUCCUGUGUUCCUGUGUUUUUCUUUUCUCACCUUUGCAUCAUUGUUCAUACACAAAUUUUACAUCGGUUAUGUAAUCCAGGCACUGUGUACCACCUAUAUCAUUUCCACUGUACCAGCAUUUUGUCAAACUAAGGGUUUUAUACUGAUUAUCAUAGUUGUAGUGAAACCAAAAACGGGACAAUUUGGUCACUGAGAUAUGAAUUGUAUUGUUGUGUAGAAAUUUUAAGGAAGUCCGUGUCGGAGCUGGAUGCCCUGUUCAUGCUUUCGGGUGGGACAGAGGUUGAUUUUUGCCUUAUGUGUCACUGGAUACAGAGGAACAAAAUAUAUGUGUCCGUUUUUGUUUUUUUUCUUAAGUCUAUGAAUAUUAGCAAUGACGUCAUUUGUAAAUACUAAAGGCCUACAGUGGUUCCUGUGGUGUUUAUUUUUUUUUCUCAGUGAUCCCUCAUAAUGCACUGAUCCUAUGCAAAUCAGAGAGUAACCGAGUAAUUUUCGUAAAACGUUUUCGUCUGACGCACCUUCAGCAAACUGGGAACCAUUUCCUGUCUGUGUCUCGCUGUUCGUUUAAACCGAGCUCCUCUUUUCCUUUGAUUAUUCCCUCCGCUGAAAAUGAUCACCUGUUGAUUACACGUGUGGUAAUAUUUGUAUUAAUCCCACUCCAUGUGCAAAGUGUUACUAUCUAGCGAGUUAGAAAAUUGUUUAGACCUAUGUUGAUUUGUCAUGCGUUUGUAUUUUUUAUGAAGAACUGGUGAGUUUAUGAAGAACAUUGUUGUCAUUUUACAAACCUUUUUGCGAGCCAUUUAUUUUUAUAUGAAUUUAUUUUCUUUGAUGCUGUUGUAAAAGGCAACAUUUUUUUGUAACUGAGUACUUCCAGAGGGUAUGAUGUCUAAAAUAAAGGUAUUGAUAUUCAAUGAGUAAUAAACAUUCCUAAUUCUCUAAAAAUGUUA